AUGUUAGAGACAGUGAAAGUGUAUGUAUUCUGUUGUGUUAUAUCAGCUUCUGUCAUAGAGACAGCAAGAAUCCUAGCGGUAUUUCCAACUCCCUCUAUAAGCCACCAAUUUGCAUUUCGACCUAUAACACACGAACUGGCCAGACGUGGGCAUGAUGUGGUGGUUCUCACGACAGAUCCAGCCUUUCCAAAGGGUCAGGCACCUACAAAUCUAACUGAAAUAGACGUCCAUGAUAUAUCUUAUGACAUCUGGAAGAACAUGCAAGCAAGCCAUACCGGCGACCCGAAAGAUGUUUUGAAGAACAUUGUGCUCAUGUUCGAAUUAAUGACAAAGACAUUCGAAAAACAAAUUCAGACGGCAGAGUUUCAAAGGUUGAUGAAGGAAGAAAAUGAUACUUUUGAUGUUGUACUUGUAGAAGCUUGGGUCCGUCCAACUAUAGGACUGGGUCACGUUUUCAAGAAGCCGUUGAUUCAAAUUAGUUCCUUUGGCGCGGUCAGUACUCAAUAUGACUACUUUGGUGCUCCAAACCAUCCAUUUUUAUAUCCAUCAGCUGGCAGAGUAAGAGUAUAUGAUAUGACUAUAUGGGAGAAACUGAAGGAACUCGUGAAGAUUGUGUUUCUGGAAUGGUUAAUAUCUACCACUGAGGAAAACGAUAAUGACAUGAUGAAGCGUAAUUUUGGCGCCAACUUACCGAGUACCGCCGACUUAUUUAAAAACAUUAAGAUGGUAUUUCUGAAUGAGCAUCAAAUUUGGGCUGAUAAUCACCCGGUUCCAUCGAAUAUUGUUUACAUUGGUGGCAUUCAUAAUAGACCAGAAAAAGAUCUACCAAAGGAAAUAAAGGACUUCUUAGACUCGUCUGAGCGUGGCGUAAUUUACUUCAGCUUUGGUACAAAUAUUAUACCGAACUUGUUGCCCAGUGAAAAGAUUCAAAUUAUGGCAAAAGUGCUUUCUUCGCUUCCCUAUGAUGUUUUGUGGAAAUGGAACGAAGACGUUGUGCCAACAAAUGCAACAAAUAUAAAAUUCUCUAAGUGGUUCCCGCAGUCGGAUCUCUUGAGACAUCAAAAAGUCAAAUUGUUCAUUACACAAGGGGGCUUACAGUCAACGGACGAAGCACUAAAUGCAGCAGUGCCGAUGCUUGGUAUGCCAAUGCUUGGAGACCAGUGGUACAACGUAGAGAAGUACGUUCGCUUUGGGUUUGGAAAGCAGUUGGAUAUCAUGUCUCUUAACGAGGAAGAUUUUCGAAAUGCUGUUGUAACAAUUAUUACAAAUUCAAGUUUUAAGAUAAACGCGGAGAAAAUGAGGGUUCUAAUGAGGGAACAUCCUGUCGAACCCCUGGACAAAGCGGUGUGGUGGAUCGAACACGUGAUACAAAAUGGCGGCGACCACUUACAACCUUUUUCAGCCGGAGGCAUAUCGCUAUUGGAAUAUUAUGAGAUCCCAUUAAUUCUUACUAUGCUCUUAACUUGUGUUAUAAUUAUUACCCUAAUAAUUGCGAUCUUAAGAUUUAUUUUACGUUUCUUGAUGAAUGGAUUAAGAAAAAUCUAA